AUGGACGGGAGUAUCCGCGAAGACGUCGAGGUGGCGCUGCACGAACACCGCUUUGUCGUGACCAAGCUGCUUGAGUCGCUGCACACUGCGUCGCUCCCCCCGUCUACUAUUACAGCCACGCGCCUUCGCACGGUGAACGAGAUAUUCCACAAAGUUUUGGAAAAAGACCGCGGACUUUUGGCAGCUGUGAAAAAGCUGGCGCGGCAUCAAGUGGCACAAACCGAACUUUUGCGGGUCAAUGCUGAGAUUGAGGACAAGAAGCAGAAAAUUGUGCACUAUGCACUGCAGCUCCGUCGCUCGCAAGAAGCUAUUGCCAACGUGCUGAAGAAACAUCGCGUGGUGCUGGAGAAUGCUAAACUGAAGGCAAAAGAAAUGCUGGAUCCGCGUGACGUCGUUGCGUAUGCACAUCGCAUUGCUGGCACUACAUCGGCUCCGGAAGAGUGGCAGCCUGGUUUUCCAAUGUUUGGCUUUAUGCCGCCAGCACCUCAGGAGCACAUGAUGCGUGCGGGUGUACUGAGUCGAGGCAUCAUUGCUGAGAUUGUCACGCAGGGUCCGGAGAAGUACACGUCAACCACCGCACGCGUAAAGCAGAAAGGCGAUAACAGUGACGAUAUUGAAAAGCUCGACAUUCCAAUUGGAUUGGGCGCAAGCGAUGCAGAGAUCCGCAAACAGAUGCCGCCGGGCUGGAAACCAGGCGACCCAGUGGACUUACCGCUUGAUGCGUUGCUGCACUACAUGGGUCGGAGUUUCUUCACGGAACACGGCAUUACACUGCCCGAGUCCUGGAAAAAUGGAGACGCGCUUCCUCCAGAAGCCACUGAGAUUCUGCGCAAGAAGUUCAAGCUGCCGGAAAAGCGAGCGGCUUUGUACGACGACGAGGUGGUCGACGACGUCGAAACGCUGCGCAAAAGACGCAAGCUCGAAGAGGGUGACAAGGACGACGAGGACGAUGGCGAGAGUGAAAGCUCAAGCGGCUCGAGCGACAGUGACGAAGAGGCUCCAAAUACGAUCUCACUCAGCCUCUCGUCGUCAGACGACGACAGUGACAGCGACUGA